AUGCAACGGAAAAGGUGGGGUGCUAAAGCAUCCCUAGCCUCCACAGCGCAUGGCCGUUAUUGCACAUUGCACGCCGUCAUUGAGGUUCCAAUUCGAACCUUCUAUGUAGGUACAUGUACAUAUGAACUUCGGGGUUUGGACAUACGGAAAAUUCUACGGUCAAGGAGAAUAUUCACCCCUGGUAAUGGCAAAACUGGCUCUAUGGCAAACAGUAAUUUUUUCGUCAAUCGACGAGAUGGUCAGGCACGGCUCUACUCACUUUGA